AUGAAGAGCGAAAGGGGAAAGAGUGAAGGAGUGAAAGAGUGAACGUGAAAGGGACAAAUUAAAGGCAGAUGCCACCCAGGGGAAAGAGUGAGUAGCUAUUACUGACAGAAAGGAUGCUUCUCAGUCUUGGGUCCUCCAUAUGUGGGAGGGGGGUCCUCUGCCUGACCUCCUGAAAAUGUCCAAGCGAAACCAUUAGAGCCUUGGAGGAGAUCCUUGAAAAGGAACAUUGGGUUCUUCUGAUGUUCUGAGAAAGAGGCUUAAGGACAGAGGGAUAGUGAGAACGAAAAACCACUCUUGAAUUCGUCCUCAAAGAGAGGAACAUGUCAUUGACCCCUGACUCUUGACCUCUGUCCUUGUGUUGAUUGACAGGGUGACUCAGCUGACAACGGACUGGACCGCCUCCCUCUAGUGAGCGUGCUCUAUGUGAGCCCCACAGAGAUGGUUGCUGCGGUAAGAAAACACACCUCUCUCUCUCUCUCUCUCUCUCUCUCUCUCUCUCUCUCUCUCUCUCUCUCUCUCUCUCUCUCUCUCUCUCUCUCUCUCUCUCUCUCUCUCUCUCUCUCUCUCUCUCUCUCUCUCUCUCUCUUCUCUCUCUCUCUCUCUCUCUCUCGGGCAAGGUUACUCAACACGUGAGCCUAUUUCACCGAACCACUUCCACCUCUGGGAGUUCAUUGAAGAAAUACACUUGGCCAGUCCCAAAUGGAACCCUAUUCCCCUAUAUAUAUAUAGGCUAUACAGGAUCCCUUGUGUCAUGGUAUCGUACAGUUUCCUCCUAUGGUCCCUGGUCAAAAGCAGUGCAUUAUAAAAGGCAAUAGUGUGCCAUUUGACCCUCGGCCAUAAGGCGAUAUCAUACACACCCUGCAUCCCUAACGUCUAAACCCUCUAUGUUCCAGGGCCAUGACUGCUGUCCGUUUCAGUUCUCCUACAAGGGCCCAGGCAGUCUGAAGUUUGUUAAGAAGCUGGACAUCCCCAAGCAGACGUCUAGGGGCAGCAUGUCCGCCAUGCAACACUUCCGCAAUCUGGAUAAGAAGGCUACUGACGAUGAGAGCAACGAACUGGGCUGCUUGCACCAGAACAGUAUCACGUGAGGAGAGAGGGAGUGUGUUGUGUUAUGUGUGUGUGUGUUGUUGUGUGUGUUUGUGUGUGUGUUUGUUGUGUGUUGUGUGUGUGUGUUAUGUGUGUGUGUGUGUGUUAUGUGUGUGUGUGUGUUUGUUGUGUGUGUGUUUGUGUGUGUGUGUUGUGUGUGUUGUUGUGUGUUGUGUGUGUGUUGUUUGUGUGUGUUUAUGUGUGUGUGUGGUUGUUAUGUGUGUGUGUGUUUGUGUGUAUGUGUGUGUGUGUGUUUGUUGUGUGUUGUGUGUGUGUGUGUGUGUGUGGUGUGUGUGUGAUGUGUGUGUGCGUAAGAACUUGUAGAGUAUAGUGAAUCUCUCUGCUCCUGUGUCUCCCUCCCUCCAGUCAGCUGUGCAUUGUGUCAGGAAAGAAGACCUCCGUGGACAAGUACAGCAGCGUGGGUCUGGACGGAGCCAUGGUCCUCUGGGACUUCAAGGUACUGCUUAUAGACACUACAUACACAAAGUAUGUGGACACCCCUUCAAAUUAGUGGAUUCGGCUAUUUCAGCCACACCCGUUGCUGACAGGUGUAUAAAAAUGAGCAUACAGCCAUGCAAUCUCCAUAGACAAACAUUGGCAGUAGAAUGGCCCAUACUGAAGAGCUCAGUGACUUUCAAUGUGGCACCGUCAUAGGAUGCCACCUUUCCAACAAGUCAGUUCAUCUAAUUUCUGCCCUGCUAGAGCUGCCCCGGUCAACAGUAAGUGAUGUUAUUGUGAAGUGGAAACAUCUAGGAGCAACAAUGGCUCAGCCGUGAAGUGGUAGGCCACACAAGCUCACAGAACGGGACCGCCGAGUGCUGAAGCGCGUAGCGCGUAAAAAUCGUCUGGAAGCAAUGUCAGCACAAGAACUGUUCGUCGGGAGCUUCAUGAAAUGGGUUUCCAUGGCCGAGCAGCCGCACACAAGCCUAAGAUCACAUUGUGUCAGCUGGAGUGGUGUAAAGCUUGCAGCCAUUGGACUCUGGAGCAGUGGAAACGCGUUCUCUGGCGUAAUUAAUCAUGCUUCACCAUUUGGCAGUCCGACGGACGAAUCUGGGUUUGGCGGAUGCCAGGGGAAUGGUACCUGCCCCAAUGCAUAGUGCCAACUGUAAAGUUUGCCGGAGGAGGAAUAAUGGUCUGGGGCUGUUUUUCAUGGUUCGGGCUAGGCCCCUUAGUUCCAGUGAAGGGAAAUCUUAAUGCUACAGCAUACAAUGACAAGGCCCUUUCAUGUUUCAGCAUGACAAUGCGCCUGUGCACAAAGCGAGGUCCAUACAGAAAUGGUUUGUCGAGAUCGGUGUGGAAGAACUUGACCUCAACUCCAUCAAGCCAGGCGUAAUCGCCCAACAUCAGUGCCCGACCUCACCAAUGCUCUUGUGGCUGAAUGGAAGCAAGUCCCCACAGCAAUGUUCCAACAUCUAGUGGAAAGCCUUCGCAGAAGAGUGGAGGCUGUUAUAGCAGCAAAGGGGGGACCAGCUCCAUAUUAAUGCCCAUGAUUUUGGAAUGAGAUGUUGGACGAGCAGGUGUCCACAUACUUUACAUGUCAUGACAUGACAUUACAUUACAUUCAGAGACUCAGGAGCCAAUAGACAUGCAGUACUCUACUCAGAGAUCAAUUCAAAGGCACAAGAUGCAUCUGAAAUGGCAUCCUAAUCCCUAUAUAGGGCAUGGCAUCCUAAUCCCUAUAUAGGGCAUGGCAUCCUAAUCCCUAUAUAGGGCAUGGCAUCCUAAUCCCUAUUUAGUGCAUGGCAUCCUAAUCCCUAUAUAGUGCAUGGCAUCCUAAUCCCUAUUUAGUGCAUGGCAUCCUAAUCCCUAUUUAGUGCAUGGCAUCCUAAUCCCUAUAUAGGGCAUGGCAUCCUAAUCCCUAUAUAGGGCAUGGCAUCCUAAUCCCUAUAUAGGGCAUGGCAUCCUAAUCCCUAUAUAGUGCAUGGCAUCCUAAUCCCUAUAUAGUGCAUGGCAUCCUAAUCCCUAUUUAGUGCAUGGCAUCCUAAUCCCUAUAUAGGGCAUGGCAUCCUAAUCCAUAUUGUUACAAAACCAAUAACUCACCUACUGAUUUUGCUGCACUCAUUAUGUCUAGGGGUCUUAGUCCUAGUUACAUGGUCUGUAACCUGACUCAUUAUGUCUAGGGGUCUUAGUCCUGGUUACAUGGUCUGUAACCUGACUCAUUAUGUCUAGGGGUCUUAGUCCUGGUUACAUGGUCUGUAACCUGACUCAUUAUGUCUAGGGGUCUUAGUCCUGGUUACAUGGUCUGUAACCUGACUCAUUAUGUCUAGGGGCCUUAGUCCUGGUUACAUGGUCUGUAACCUGACUCAUUAUGUCUAGGGGUCUUAGUCCUGGUUACCUGGUCUGUAACCUGACUCAUUAUGUCUAGGGGUCUUAGUCCUGGUUACCUGGUCUGUAACCUGACUCAUUAUGUCUAGAGGUCUUAGGCCUGGCUACAUGGUCUGUAACCUGAGUUGAUGUGUGCAUAAAUGUGAGAAGUCAGCGUAUUCAGCCAGGUGUUGAAUGUACGUACCCAGGAGACAGCAACUUACCGAGAUCAGGACCAGCUCCAUCAUGGUCGGCCAUUCCAAAGCAGAUUAUUCAUAUGUUCAUGGUGACAAAGUAAACAUGUACAAAAAGCCCACUACAAAAAAGACACGCCCAACUAAAGAGGUUUUCUAACAUAAAAGAAUAAACAAAAGCCGUCUGAGAGGCUUCUGGCCUCCUCUCUCUCCCGGACUGACAAUCCCCUUCAUUGGCUGCACCUGAUGAUGUGCUUAUCGAGGCUUAGCUCAGCACCUCGACCCAGCUGCUGCCACCUGGGGGAUGGAGUGUGGAAGUGUAUCCUGGACAGUGUGUUUGUCUAUGUCCCAACACUAACCUUUCCCUGAUAUCAUAACACCAUACAGUGCACUACCUUUGACCCAGAGACCUAUGGGUAAAACUCAGGCUGUUAUAAUCUGUUUAUAUUACAUUUAUGAACCUGUUUUCCUUCCUCUUCUCUCUGUCUCCCUGCAGCACUGA